AUGUUACCCAAUUUUUUCCCUCCCCAACCUCCCCAACAAAUUCAACAACAACCAGAAAAUAACGGAAUUAGAGAAUUACUUUUUGGGGGUGGAGGAGGAGGGGAUAUAUGGCCACAACAACAAAAUAACAAUAAUAAUAAUUUAUUUAAUCAACAAUUAAUUAUUCCGCCUCCAACAUCAAAUGAUUUUUUACUUCCCCCACCAUUCCCCCAACAACCCCAACAACCUUUACAAGUUAUUACUAUUAUUCUUCAAUAUGGGCCUUUAAAAGAAAUGGUGGUUGUUGAAAGAACGGUUGAUCCGAAUGCUUUUGAAAUUUUUAGACAAAAAGCUCGCCAAAUGGUCGAGAAACAAUUACAAAUAGAAGCAUCUAUUAAUUCAACAGGGACUUCAAAUAUAAUGGUUGGAGAAAUUCAACUUUUCCUUCAUGAUUAUAAAAGUUUUAAUAUGUUAACUUGUUUGGCAACGUUAACACAAUUGGACAAUGGAAGUGUUGUAGAAAUAAUUCGAAUUGAAAGACAUGAGCGACCUACCAAGCCCCAUUCUUUAGUAGUAAACACUUAUGUUACUCCUACUUUUUGUGACUAUUGUGGGGAAAUACUUAUGGGGUUAGUUAAACAAGGACUUCAAUGCCAGUCUUGCAAGUGUAAUUUUCAUAAAAAAUGCGCUUUUGCACCAAGAAAUAAUUGUGCUAAAUCUGAUAUUAUUCCUAGCACGUUUCUUGCUGGAGGUGUUGACCAACAAUAUUUGACUCACGAAUUUAAAUCUCUUACAAAUGUAGAUAAUGACCACCACCAACAACAAUUAAACCAACAAAAUUUGCCGCAACACCCACAAUUUCAAUUACCACAUUCUUUACUUAUUCAUAACUAUAAAAUGCCCACAGUUUGUAAAAUAUGUGAUAAAUUACUUGUUGGGAUUGUUAAACAAGGGUUGCGUUGCCGGGAUUGUAAGGUAAAUGUACACAAAAAAUGUGCCCAUUUACUUCCCUCAAAUUGCCAAAUAACUGCAGAAAAUGCUAUAACACCAAACGUGACAUUUGAACAACAAAACGCAUCCAAUGAUAUUGAUAUACAACAACAAAUAUCUUCAAAUAAGCAGUCACAAUUAAUAGACACAUCGACUGAUGCUAUGAUUCCAUUAGCUCGGUUGCCAGGAUCAGCUUCAAGUCGUUCACAACGUCCAGCAGGUCCAAUGGGCCAAAUUGUAUGUGAAGGCUGGCUUAUUCACUUUGUUUUGCAAGAACGUGAUAGGCGUAGACUUCGGCAUUAUUGGAUUCUUUCAAAUGGAAUAAUUAGCCUUUUUAGUGAAUAUAACGAUGGUUAG